GCGGCCACAGGCGGCGAUCGGAGCCAUGGCGGAGCUGCCGCUGCCCGCCGGGCUCAGCGCCAGCGCCUUCCCCGCCAAGCUGUGGCGCCUGGUGAACAGCCCCCGCGUCCGCUCCGUGCGCUGGGACAGCCGCGCCCAGGGGCUGCUCGUCGACCGCUCGCUCUUCGAGCGGGAGCUGCUCAGCCCGGGCGACGCCCACGGGGGCGGCCAGGGGGUGGGGCCGACGCCGGACUCCUUCCAAGCCACGCACUUCGGUAGUUUCGUGCGGCAGCUCAACCUCUACGGCUUCCACAAGGUGCCGAGCCGGGUUGGCUCAUCUGAGCCCGGCGAUGCCGGGGGCUGGCUCCACUUCAGGAACCCCAACUUUCGCCGCGACCGCCCCGACCUCCUGCUCCAUAUCAAGCGCCUGACCAGGGCCAACAGGCAGCGGCUGGCAGCGGGGCUGGAGGUGCGCAGCCGCCAGCCCAGCCGCUUCCAGCAGCUCCGCACGGAGCGGCCGCUGGCGUCCUUCCCCGCCGGGCAGCCGCCCAGAGCCGUGCUCUCAUACCAGGACCUCACUGCUGCCUCACCUGAGGGUUUACAGCUGCCUCCAGGCCCUUCCAGGCUAAGCGCAGGUGCUCAGGAGUCUGACUUCUUCCUGACAUCUCCCAAGAAAGUCUUUGCCUCAUCUGGAUUUCUUGGGGUUUCAUCAGAGGAACCAGGCACCAGCAAAUUUCAUCUCAAGCGUGAGCUCAUCAUUCCGCUGGUUCCCAUAGACUGCAGAUGCCGCCCUGAGCUCACCGUUUCUCUGCGUCCCAUAGACCAUCACAGCCCUUCCAUGGCCUCUCCAGAGGGAAGCAGCUGCACAUCUUCAGAGCAGUAUUUGCCAGCCUGCAGUUCAUCAGCCACCCCAGGCACUUCAGGCCCCAGCGCUCCAGCUGGCAGUGCUGGUUUUGCACCAUGGACAGCCCCCAGCUGGCUGUGGAAUACUCCUGGGCAAGAGGAAUUGCCACCACCAGAUCUGGACAUGGUGCUUGAGACGCUGGAGGAGAUGUUUUCUCCCUCUGCUCAGGUAACUGCAUUGGACAGGGAAGAAAAGGGCUGGGAGCUGAGAGCUUGUGAAUGUUGUUGCAUGGCUGAGAAGCAAAGGCUUCUUGAGUUCAGCUCAGUGAAUGGACAGGAAAAGAUUUGCUUGGUGAAACAAGACUUCCUAAAGAAGAGGGAAUGAAAAAGUCUCCCCCUGAAUAAGGAUGAAGAGGUGUGAGCCUGUGUUGGCCAGGUUUGGGUGCCUGUUUUCCUGGGAAGAAUCCCUCGUGCAGGGGUGUUUGUGGUGAGGAAGUGGAAGCUUUGUAGGUUCUAAGAGGCUUUGUUUGGUGGGAAAGAAGAGAAGAGUGUUUGGAGAAUUGCCAAGUGUCCCGUGCAGGGAGGGACAUGCCAGAGGUGCCUGUUCCAGCAGCAGAUGUGGGCUGUGCCUCUUU